ACAGUUACAGCUUACAAGCCUGGGCAACUUCUUUGUUCCAAAGUUGAUAUUCUCAUUGUCAUAAACUUCACUUGGGUGUGUUAAUUGUUUUGAUCUUAGGAUUAAGAACUAAGGUACGUGCAUAUAUGGGUAAGAAGCUAGACGCUCUACUCGGAAGAACCUUCAAGGCUGCCAAGUUCAAGGCAAUUGUUCACCUUGCCAUCUCACGCCUCGCUGUUCUCAAGAACCAGCGCCAUGCUCGCCUUAGACAUGCUCGUUCUGAUGUUCUUGAACUCCUUCAACUUGGUCACCAUGAACGUGCUUUACUUCGAGUUGAGCAUGUGAUCAAGGAUCAAAAUAUGUUGGACGUGUAUGAUAUGAUUGAAGGAUACUGCAACCUCUUGAUCGAAAGGGUCCACCUCAUUGAACAAGAAAGAGAAUGUCCAGAGGAACUAAAGGAGGCAGCAUCAGGAUUACUCUAUGCAGCUUCUAGAUGUGGAGAUUUUCCAGAGAUUCAAGAGAUUCGGGCAGUUUUGACUUCUCGGUUCGGCAAGGAGUUUGCUGCUCGUGCUAUUGAGUUAAGGAACAACUGUGGAGUACACCCUCAGAUGAUACAAAAGCUUUCAACAAGGAUGCCAACGUUGGAGAGUAGAAUGAAGGCACUCAAAGAAAUUGCUUCUGAGAAUGGUAUAGUUCUGCAGCUUGAAGAGGCUUCAUCUGUUUCAGUUGAGGAACAAUCCAAUGUAGAAAAGAAAAACCUGCAUGAACCUGAGAUAAAGGAAGAGAAUAUCAGCAUUUUGCCUAGUAGAGGGAAAGAUGAGGAGUUAACUGAUUCUUUCAAGGCCAGGCAAAAGUACAAGGACGUAGCAGAUGCGGCACAAGCAGCAUUUGAGUCAGCUGCAUAUGCAGCAGCUGCUGCAAGAGCAGCUGUGGAACUCUCCCGAUCUGAACCACAUGACCCUGAUGAUCAUAAUAGUCCAAGCUUCCAACCAAGAAAAGUGGGGGAUAGACAUGAUUCUAUGAAACCUCAACUGGAAGGAAAGAAAAUCCUCAAUGCAAAUCCAGGAGCAGAAUUUAACAAUGAUAUAAACGAGUUAAAAAGAGCAAAUGACAUUAUAAGUUGCAAUUCAAAUAAUGAGGUUUUGAAGGGAGCCACUGCCUCGGGGGAUGCUGAAGCUGAGGCUGAUCCUUUGGAAAAGGAAGUAAUUUUUGAUGAGAGUGAUGAUGAGACCGAUAAUAAACAGAAUAGAUAUCAAUCUUCCAAGCAUAUAUCCUCAAGGUAUGGUGCUAGUAUAGAGGUUGGAUCAGGUUCUAAGAAACUAGUAUUAAAUAAGGUGCCAGGUUCCACGAUGCAGAGCGCACCUCAGUUGGAUUUGCAGAAGAGGCCAAUCUCAGUGAGGUCUAGAUGAAUGAAAAUUUACUGAAUAUGAAUGAGUGCAUCUAGCGUGCAAUGUUGCAUAUCAAAUUGCAACAAAGCUAAGUAAUAUCAGAUUGCAUUUCGGAAUGUGUUUAGUGUUAAAUACAAUUUUGCUAGUAACUUACCUAAGUAUGUGAUUGCUUGGUUCAUUAAUUUUUGUAUUAUGGAUUUUGCAUCCUAAAUGCAAUAUGGAUUUCCAGUAUUCAAAAGAUUAAUUUAAUUAGUUGGAUGUAAAAACAAGGAGAAUCGUGAACUCCAACCCAUAUUUAUUGCUUCUUGACGUGAAAAUAUGCAUCCACUGGGACAUGGCAUAGAGGGAACAGGUUAAUAAUUGAUCAUACACAAAUAUAUGACUCCAAAAGAUACCAGAAAAAUCUGUCAUAUUAAACCAGUUGUUAACCAUCUAAUGAUAUUUACUGUCUUAGAAUUGUCAAUUUAAACCAGAAUAUUUGCAUACCAGGAAAAGCUUUAGUAAAAUUCUUUAGGGAAACAAGAGGGGUCCAACUAUGGAAAAUGAAAUAAAACUGCUUACUGCAUAGUUUUGUUUCCUAGCAUGUUUGAUGUUGAUAAUCGUUCUUCAGUAGACGGAAGUUCAAAAAUUAAAAUAACAUUUCAUAUCUUUGAAACAUGAAACUGUGUCUUUCACCCCAUAGCCGGUCCCAAGGUAAAGAAGACUUACAUUAUGCCUUCAACAAUUAACGGAAAACUUGUCAAAUCAUUUUGUAUGGCCACUCAUGACAAUAUUGUGCUAUAGUUUUUUACCGAACUCAAUGACUUCAUAUGAACUGACCUCAUCUAAUAGGAUAAAGUUUGGUUAUGAUUGUUGUAUGUCUUUAAAACAUGGUCACUAGGAUAGUAUGCACAUGAAGAGACCAAUGCCUAGGCCCAGAAAGAUAUAAACAAUAAUAUUGCAUUGAGACAAUGCUCCAGUGACGAGUUAGGCUUCUGAAUGGUAAAAACUUAUUAGAGGCCACAUGAAAUUUGCAAUAGUGAGAUCAGAACACCAAACAAUGUAUACUCCUACUUUGUUGAUUCCCAUAAAUACAUCACUGCCCCCUAGGCCGCUUCUUGCCAUGUUGAAGCAAGUCACUGGAUGACUGCAAAUUCACCCCAACAUCUUCAUCAUAUUCUAUUCCAAGCUCCUCCUGCAAAGUGCAACAUGUAUCAAUGACAACAGAAACAUUAAAAUAAAUAAAAUCUAUGUUUGUAACAGGAAAAUAACGGUUUUUCUAAAUGCCACACAGCAAGAAAUCAAUAAAUUCUAAGUUUAUAUUAAAAAUUGUAGAAUUUAAUAUUAUCAAUGCAUUAGAUUCUGCGUUAUCUUGUGAUUUUUAAUAAAAACUUAUUAUACAUAAAUUCUCAUUGUGAGCCUAAAACACAUGCUAGAAAAAUCGAAGAAAACCUUAAAUUCUUUUGGAUCCUUAGGUGAAUUCUCAGUGAGGGUAUCCCAUACAUCCUUGAACAUUCUUUUACGCUUUCUCCACUGACUUAUUUUCUCAUACAACAUAUCCUCAACUGCCUUGCGUUCUUCUGGCCUCACCAGAGUAACACCUCCACGUAACUUGGACAAUUUCUCCUCCAUUUCUUUAACCUGAAGCAGCAGCAGAAAACAAACAUGCAUACUAUCUUGGUUGAUGAAACAGCACAAUCACCAGUUCCCUUUCAACAAAGAUACACACACACACACACACACACACACACACACACACACACAUCCACGUCAGUUACCUCCAUUCUCAAAUUCACUUCUCUUUCAUAGAUCUGUUCCAGCGUCAAAUUUGAUUGCAACGACUUAAUUUCUGCACCAACAAAAGUUAUAUCCACAUAUUGCAGCAUCAAGAGGUAUGCCUAAAAUCUCAAAUUCUCAAUGGUUCCAAAUGCACGAAAACUAGAAUAUAGAGCAAAAGAAUUAUACGAUCCCGUAGGAGUACUCUAGGGAGGACUUUGUCCAUUUGAGAAACAAUUCCCAUUUUUAUUUUCUAUUUUACAAAUAAUUACAAAAUAUCACAUUAUCGUUUGUUGUUUUAAAAAUUUGAUAUGACAAACAUUAACAUAAUAAAACAAGAAUAUUGUGACAAUUUUUUCAAUUAUUCCU